AUUUACUGCCCCUAAUUACCCCAACCCUCUUGAAUCCCAAGCUCUUCCCCACCUUGACCCCACCCUACACCUCCCUCCCACCACCCUAAUAAUUUAUUCACAACAACAACAAAGGAAGACAAGACACCCUUAAUAUUUUCACACUAGCUAAUUCCCAUGUUCACAUGCACCUUCCCCCCUUAAUCCCCAAAACCCAACUAUAAAUUACACCAAAACCCAGCCGCCUUUAUUUCCCCAUCCCAAUAACACCAACUAAUUCGUCUCUCUCCCCUAACACCUUCCCUUCUUCUCUCUCUCUCCCCCCUUCUCUCUGUGCAAUGGACAACUCAUCGGCCACCGGCGGGAAGUACUCGACCCAAGCCAUGGUGGACGGUGUGGACCGGCCGACGCCGAACCAUGAUACUAUUCAUCAACACAAAGGGUUGCGAACCGGCGAGCUGGUUCUAAGAGCUGGAGCCCUGUUGCUAACCUUGGCCGCAGCCAUAGUGCUGGGGAUCAACAAACAGACCAAAACGGUGCCGGUUCAGAUCAUCAGCACCAUGCCUCCCGUCAACGUCCCCGUCUCCGCCAAGUGGCACUACCUCUCCGCCUUCACGUUUUUCGUGGUGUGCAACGCGAUAGCCUGCGCCUACGCCUUCUUCUCUCUCUUGCUGGCCCUGAUCGGAAAGAAGGGGGCCGCCGCGGCGACGGUGAUCCUGGACCUGCUGACGGUGGCGCUGCUGUUCGCCGGGAACGGGGCGGCCACGGCCGUGGGGCUGAUCGGGUACAAGGGGAAUUCGCACGUGCGGUGGAACAAAGUGUGCAACGUGUUCGACAGGUUCUGCCACCAGGUCGCGGCGGCGCUCGGGCUGUCGCUGGUCGGCUCCGUGCUCUUCGUGCUGCUCGUCCUCGUCGCCGUCGUAAGGCUUCACCGGAAGUAUUGAUAUUCCAAUUAAUUGAAAAGGACUAGUGUGGUGGUGCUCUUUUUUUAUUUUAUUUUAAUUCUAGUCUUUGUUAUUAUUGUAAAGCGUGUGAAGAUAUUUAAUUAAUGUUCGUUUAAGUUCAAUUAUUUAUAGUCUUUUGUCGUGUCUGAAAUUGUGAUUCAAUGGAACUUUACUGGAAGCGGAAACUGGGAAUAAAUAAAUAAAUAAUACUAUAACAUGAAAUAAGAAGAGGGAAAAAACUGGUCAAGCAACAGCAGCAGCUGCGUAACGUCUUGGUAAAGCUCAUUACAGAGCAGAUCCUGAAGUCAGGAGUCGUUAUUAAGACUUUUAAGAUCCAUAUCCUUGGUUGAAGCUGACAGAGUGACAGUUAUCUUAUAUGGUUGAUAUGUGAUUUAGGUCUUAGGAAAGUAAUUAUUCAAAUUAUGGUUCAUCAAUGGCAGACCAAGGAUUAUUUAAGAGGGGUGUCGCCGAUAAAAAAAUAUAAUAAAUAAAAUAAUUAAAUAGAAAUUUAAUAGAAAUUACUGGAAAUUCAUUUAUAAGUUCACAACGUCAUGUUUACUAUGAAUUAUGACGAUUUUUCAUAUCCUGAAUUUUUUUUAAAAUACAUUCAUCGUUUAUGUUGCAAAUCAAACCCUUUUCGAUGUAAACAACUACAUAAUCAUUCAUAAAUUAGUCACUCAACCAAAGAGAAUCGACCUACGUCUAAAAUCAAAGUUAAAAUAGAUUAGUUUACAAUCAAAUAUAGUAAACUACAAUCUACCAAUUGACAAUUUUAGAAAAAACAAAGUAUGCCUAAAGUAAUAUCAUUAGCAUUUUUUCUCUAGUUCUACCAAAUUAACCAAAAUCAAACCACAAUCUCCCACUCACCUAUUAACUACAAAUCGACAAGUUAAAUUGGUUUGUGGGUUACUUAAAACAAUCAUGCUUAUUCCUUCAAAAAAUAAAAAAACAAUCAUGCUUAUUUGAUUUUACUAUUAUUGUUAAUUACUAAUUAUGAUGAAUAACUUUAUAGCAUUAAAACUAUUGUUAUAUAAUGAAGGUGUGUCGCUUAUAAUCAUUAGAGAGGUGUCGGAGGUAUCAAAUUAAAAAAAUUUGUACAAAAAAAUGGAGGUCCUUCACAAAAUUUCCGGGCGGAGGGGUGUCGGAUGACACCUCUGCCCUUGCUCUAGGUCCGCCCCUGUGGCUCAUCGACUAAUUCAUGUCAAUAACUCGGAUUGUUGAGAGAUGUUCAAUAAUGGAUCUUAUACCAUUUACUCACACGUUUCCUUCAAAUGAAAGUUACUUAUAAAGGUUUGAAGUUAGCACAUAUUCAAAUAUUGUGUUCUUAAUAAAUGGGGAUCAUAGAGAUUCAAAUACAAGAUCUCUCGAUGACAAAAAGGAUGUGAUUUGAGAAUUUAGAAAAAUAAUUAUACAGAUAAUGGCACCUCAACUAAUGCAGCAUAGUCAAACAAUUCUUGUCUACAUGACCACGACUACGAAACAACAUUUUAUCUAAAUUUUUAUUAAGAAUACAAAUCUGUGAUAGUGUUUAAAACAAUAUAUAUAUUUCCAUCUCAUCCUUCCCAUACAGAAGGAAAUAGUAGAUAUGCAAAAGCUGGCUGACCUCAAGGGGCGGGCGGUGUUAUAUAGGUGGCAUUCAAUGCCCAAAUGACAGAUUGUUGAGAAAAUGCUAUGGUCUAUGAUAGAGUUGCAUCAUUGCCUAUUCUUAAUUAUUUUGUCCUUUGAAUGAAACCUACAUCCUCUU